CCUUUCGUCCUUACUGUCUUUUCAAUAAUUCGCACCUCUUUUUGUUCUGCACCUUGGAUUCUCCCCCCGCCUUAAACGCCGCCGUUUCACUUCCACUCUCCAUAAUCCCCUCUCUCGUUCUCUCUCCUCAGCUCACUCACUUCAGUCUCAAACAACCCACAAAAAUGGCAGAUGAAGCACUUCCCUCCACCACGCCGGAACUAUCCGAACCUCCGCCGUCUAAUCCAGUUACAGAAUCUCCGGUUAAAUCAGUAGAAACAGAAUCUUCUGUACCGAAGGAAGAAUCUAAGGCGCCGGAAGAAGUAUCUCCGGCGAAAGAGGAAGCAGUAACAGUCACACCAACUCAACCACCACCAGCAGUUGCUCAGGUUGAAGAACACACAGAAACAAUCACUGAAUCUGAAAAUCCCAAAGUCAAUGAACAAAAAAAUAGAAGCUUUAUUCAAUCAGCUGUUUCUUUUAAAGUGGAAAGCAACUUACUCUCUGAUCUCUCAGAUUCCCAGACAAAAUCCCUUGAAGAUUUCAAAACCUUACUCAAACAAUCUCUCUCCGACAAAACCCUCUUACCCAAAUCAAAAUCAGCCACCACCGUUGAAUCUGCUAUAAAAGAGGAGCAAAACCCAGAAACAGAUUCUGAAUUAGAACAAGAGGUUUCAAUUUGGGGGAUACCCUUAUUGAAAGAUGAAAGAACAGAUGUAAUCUUGCUGAAAUUUUUAAGAGCAAGAGAUUUUAAGGUUAAUGAUGCAUUCUCGAUGCUUAAAAGUACCCUUAAUUGGAGGGUUGAAUUUGGGAUUGAUAAAUUGGUGGAUGAAGAUUUAGGGGAUGAUUUGGGGAAAGUGGUGUUUAUGCAUGGACAUGAUAGGGAAGGACACCCAGUUUGUUAUAAUGUUUAUGGGGAGUUUCAGAAUAAGGAUUUGUAUGCGGAUACCUUUUCGAGUGAGGAGAAAAGAGAGAGGUUUUUGAGGUGGAGGAUUCAGUUUUUAGAGAGGAGUAUUAGGAAGCUUGAUUUUGAUGCUGCUGGUGUUAACACUAUUUUUCAGGUUAAUGAUUUGAAGAGUGCUCCUGGUCCUGGUAAAAGAGAUCUUAGGUUGGCUACUAGACAAGCUCUUCAUUUGCUUCAGGAUAAUUAUCCUGAGUUUGUUGCCAAGCAGGUGUUCAUCAAUGUACCCUGGUGGUAUGUGGCCUUCUACACCAUGAUGAGCCCAUUCAUGACCCAAAGAACAAAAAGCAAGUUUGUGUUUGCUGGACCUGCCAAAACUGCUGAAACACUUUUCAAGUAUGUGUCCCCUGAGCAAGUUCCUAUUCAAUAUGGUGGCCUUAGUGUUGACUAUUGUGAUUGCAAUCCGGAUUUCACUGUGGAAGAUACCGCAACUGUCCUAAACCUAAAAACUGCGACAAAGCAGUUUGUUGAAAUCAUAUGUUCUGAGAAAUGUAUCAUCGUUUGGGAGGUCCGAGUAGUAGGAUGGGACGUGACUUAUAGUGCUGAAUUUGUGCCUAGUGCCAACGAAAGUUACACCGUGGUUAUGCAAAAGGCAACUAAGAUGACCUCGAGUGAUGAUCCUGUCAUAUCCGGAAGCUUUAAAGUCAGUGAAGUUGGGAAGAUAGUCCUCACGGUUGACAAUCCAACUUUCAAGAGAAAGAAACUCCUCUACAGGUACAAAGUUUUGCCUUUCUCUGAUUGAUGAUGAUCGAUGUUCUUGCACCAUUGUUAGUUCAAGACUAGUGUCAACAUUGCUAUGAAUGAGUUGAUUCCCUUGUUCAGUAUGUAGAUGAAUUUCCUAUUCAAUAUUUCUUUGUUCAUUUUUAUUUCUCUGUUUUUUCUGGAACUUUUUGGUCCGUUUUCUUUCCUUUUGGAGCAUACGGCUAGGUGAUUGGUUCCUCCUCGUUAAUCCAAAAGGAAAAUAGAAUCUUAGGGUGUAUGUUGUGUAAAAUGGCUGUAAAAACUCUGUAUCACUUCAAUGUACUUCCGUGGUUUUUAUGGAUGUUUA